UGGUGUUUCUUUUUGCGUUUCUUGUUACUGCACUGAUGGCGGAUCAGUCGAGAAAUUCGAAGGACGACGAAUUGGAAUGGAUAGAGAUCGAAAGGUCAUUUCGGCGAGAAGAUUCCGCUCAGAGGGGAGACCGGUCCCAACGAGUUAAGGAUAAACUAGCGGCGAACCCAUUCGUGCCACUGGGUCUUUUGGCCACGGUGACGGCGUUGGGUUUCGGUCUAAAGACGAUGCUCAUGGGCCAGUCAAGGCAGUCGCAGAUGAUGAUGCGUGCUCGAGUCGUCUGUCAAGGACUGACGUUCGCGGCCAUAAUCGUGGGCAUCGUGGCGGGAACACGAAAGGCUGAACAGAAACCUCAGUGACUGAACCGUUGCUCUUCGAACAGCAGCUUUAUAAUGGUAACCGCCUUCCUUGCUGUUUACGUUCGCUGUACACCGCCGCCUCUACAUGCGUCAGCGCUGUGUUGGCUGAGUGGUUCGUUGGAGGCAAACUGCCCGAGUCCCAUUUGCUUAUAUUUAGGUGAAUAAAGAAUCCCAGCGGGUCGAAAGUAUCCGGAGCCUUUCA